AUGGCCACGAGCGUCGGUCCAGACGAUCCUCGGCCUCCGAGCUCGCUCCUCACCCAGCAGACCACGCUGCUGCUAUUCCUGUCUGUGCUGGUCGCCGUGCACCUGGGCCAGUGGCUGCUGAGACAGAGACGGCGGCAGCCAGCGUCUGUGCCACCUGGGCCUUUCCGUUGGCCAGUGAUAGGAAACGCUGCAACCAUAGGUUUGGCGCCACACCUCUCGUUCGCGCGCUUGGCACAGCGUUACGGCGACGUUUUCAAGAUCCACCUGGGCAGCUGCCCCAUCGUGGUGUUGAAUGGCGAGCACGCCAUCCACCAGGCCCUGGUGCGACAGGGCGCCGCCUUUGCUGACCGACCACCCUUCGCCUCCUUCCGCGUGGUGUCUGGCGGCCGCAGCGUAGCCUUUGGCCAGUACUCGGAGACGUGGAAGGCGCGGAGGCGCGCGGCCUACAGCACGGUGCGCGCCUUUUCCACGCGCCAGCCGCGCAGCCGCCGCGUCCUCCAGGACCACGUGCUGAGCGAGGCGAGAGAGCUGGUGGCGCUAAUGGUUCGUGGCUGUGAGGACGGUGCCUUCCUUGACCCUAGGCCGCUAACCGUGGUGGCCGUGGCCAACGUCAUGAGCGCAGUGUGCUUCGGUUGCCGCUACAGCCACGACGACGCCGAGUUCCUCGGGCUGCUCAGUCACAACGAGGAGUUCGGACGCACGGUGGGUGCGGGAAGCCUGGUGGACGUGCUGCCCUGGUUGCAGCGCUUCCCAAACCCAGUGCGCACCGCUUUCCGCCAGUUCGAGCAGCUCAACCACAACUUCAGCAACUUCGUCCUCGAAAAGUUCCUGAAGCACCGGGAAAGCCUUCGCCCGGGGAUGGCUCCCCGUGAUAUGAUGGACGCUUUCAUCCUUUUGGCAGAAAAACAGGCGACCGAGGAAUCAGGAGACAGUGGUGCCAAGCUGGACCUGGAGGAUGUGCCAGCUGUCAUCACCGACAUCUUUGGUGCCAGCCAGGACACUCUCUCCACCGCACUGCAAUGGCUGCUGGUCCUCUUCACUAGGUACCCUGAAGUGCAGGCUCGAGUACAGGCAGAAUUGGAUCAAGUUGUGGGUAGAGAUCGGCUCCCUUGUAUGGAUGACCAGCCCCACCUGCCCUACAUCAUGGCUUUUCUUUAUGAAGCAAUGCGCUUCUCUAGCUUUGUGCCUGUCACCAUUCCUCACGCCACCACCACGGAUGCCUCUGUCUUGGGCUACCACAUCCCCAAGAACACGGUGGUUUUUGUUAACCAGUGGUCUGUAAAUCAUGACCCAGUGAAGUGGCCUAACCCAGAAGAUUUCAAUCCAGCCAGAUUCUUGGACAAAGACGGCUUCAUUGAUAAGAACCUGGCCAGCAAUGUGAUGAUUUUUUCAAUGGGCAAACGGCGGUGCAUCGGGGAAGAGCUCUCCAAGAUGCAGCUGUUUCUCUUCAUCUCCAUCCUGGCUCACCAGUGCAAUUUCAGGGCCAACCCAGAUGAGCUCUCAAAAAUGGAUUUCAGUUAUGGCCUGACCAUUAAACCGAAGUCAUUUAAAAUCAACGUUACUCUCAGGGAGUCCAUGGAGCUCCUUGAUCAUACCGUCCACAAGUUACAAGCCGAGGAAGAUCACCUGUGUGAGGCCAGAGGCAAGCUAAAAUCUUAG